AGCCAUGAUGUUAUCACUUUAUCAGUUUGUCACUUGUCAUUCGAGAGAUUCGACAUUCGACUAUCUAGGUUUAUUUCAUUUUUUAUUUUUUAUUUAAUAUGUCUAUCCCAAAGGCAAAUUGUUCCAUCGUUUGGAACCAUUUUGUAAAGGACCCAAAUACCCCUGACACCGCUAUAUGUAAACACUGUAAAAAAUCCUACAAACGGUCUAAUGGUACAACUAAUCUGUUGGACCAUUUGAAGAGGAAACAUUUUACAGUGUUAAAUGGUAGUAAUUUGCGACGACAGAAUGAAAAUGAUACAAAUCUACCAGGAACAUCAGGGGAACAAGAACAACCGCAAUCUGCAAGUGUUCUGCCUUAUAGUAGUCCAGUAAUUCCAGUAAGCGUAACCAAUAAUACUGGCAAGAGACACAAACAAUUAUUGUUGUCUAAUAGGUAAGAUUAUAAACUAUCAUAUUAAUUUCUAAUAAUACAUUUUCAGAAAUAAGUUGAAG